AUGGUUGUGAUUAUAAAAGGGAGAGUUUUACCAGUACUUGCUGUGCGUGUCUAUUCAUUUGGAACGGAAACAGUUACACCAAGUAUCCUAGAGUUUGAUUCAUAUUCGAAACUUGAAAAUUUCAUUCGUGAUUCAGCUGAUCCUAUAGUAUUGCCUGGUGUUACUUUGUUUUUAAUGUUUCCAUGGCUUGGUAAUAUUGGUCAUUCGCUCUUUGAUGGACUAUAUCCUGCCUAUGUUGCAUUAAUUCGUUUUCCACCUAGACAUCUUCAUCCAUUUCGUUUGCUUUGUACCAUAGACGAAUGUAAAACAUGUCGGGAUGAAGAUAUAUUCAACAGAUUUGCCGCUCUUGGUAUUAUUAAGCAUUAUGUUCUAAAUGAUAUGUCAAAUGGAAGUUGGUUUGUUUUCGAUGAACUCGUUAUGGGUGGUGGCAUGAUGUAUCAACGAUGCACACAACCAAAUCUACAAUUACCUGGAGGAGUCGAAUUGGAUGGUUCUAGACUGUUUCGUGAUCGACUCUAUACUCAACAUGGAGUCAUUCCACCAACUAGACGAUACAAACAUUCUGCAGAAGGUCGAAAUCGGCACGAUGUACUCCGUGCUUAUAUCAUGAAUAAUAAACGCUUCACCGAUAUUGACAAUAAAGAAAUAACUGCUGCGAUAGAUGAAAUUAAUAACUACACUAUCACCCAUCAAAAUAAAAACAUAACUGAUAUCAACAAAUUAGAUUGGCCACUGAUAAAGGUCUUACAUGUAUAUUAUGACUCGAUUACAGGUCAAAAAAGGAGAUCAUCUCGGUUCAAUGCAACUCCAAUAGAUGCUAGAUCACCAACGUAUGAAUUGAUAGAAGCCGAUUUCGCGCACCACUUACGAUUAUUGCGCACGACGGAUAUUCAAAUCACGGGACCUGGUACAGGUUCAAUGUAUCAAUCACUUGUGCCGGAUGGAUCAGUAGUCAUCAAUGUCGGCGGCUUGAUACCAUUGACGCCAAAAGACCACAAUAUAACAUAUACAUCACAUAUGGAACAGUACAUGGCAUCUGGUGCACCCUAUCUCAAGGCUCUCUAUUAUCCGAUUAAUGAAAGACCAAAAGGAAUAAAACAAGAAGUAUUAGUAAAACUCAUUCAAGAAGCAGCCAAACUUAUCAUGAAUGGCUUUUCUAUACCGGUAAAUCCAACAGAAAACUUGGCAGUAGAUGGACAAUUAUUCAUCGAAAUGUGUGAAAGAGAUAAAAAAUUUUGUGAACUCGUUACGGCAAGAGCACCAAAUACUGAUUUUUCUUGUUAUCAUUUUUGGGUUGAAGAAGUCAUUCACGAACGUGGACCUUGGAGGGAAGAAGUUGGCAGUGAUGGUAUUAGAAAAACUCAGUGCCCAUUCAAUCAGACAUUGAUGCGUAGAUUAAGAGACAAAUAUGGCAUUCAUCAUUAUGAAAUAAAUGUUAAUCAAUCAAAAACUUCUGGUUAUGAAAUACAAAACUAUACUUCAAGACGUGCAUUGCACUAG